AUGGAGUCAAAAUUCGUCCUAGAACGACAUUUUACCUCUUUGCAUACACUAGAGGAGUCAGGAGAAGCCGUUCGCCGUCGGCAGAUGGGGUCCGAGCUAGAUCUCAAUAAUUUUGCACGAUUCACUGUGGAGGAUCCAGUAUCCCAAAUCAUCGAGCGGCUCUCUGAGGACAACGUAUUACGCAAUCGCUUUGGCCUUAAAGGCUCAGUCAAGUUUGAAAACCACAGUAACACACUCAGCCCUGAUCGAACAACGGAGGAAAUACAGUCUCUCAGCAUAACCGACAAACCGCGACGGUCGAAACGUCUUCAAGUCCAUGCAAACAAACUGGGACAGACUAAAUCUUCCAAGUCAUCAUAA